CCAUAACUUUAACCUAACCGAACCCAAAAAACACACCCUGUUGGUGGUGUUGAGGAAUUGGAUAAUAGUCUGCAGAAAUAAGAGAAGAAAAGUGAGAAAAAGGCCAUGGUGGCCAAGCACUUGCUGCGUGUGCUUCCCAUAUGUGGUGCCCAAAACUCUAUCUUUAUGCGUUCAACUGCAACCCCAUUAUCUGGAGUUGCAAUUGCAAGGCCACCAUUGGAUGUUAACAAAUGCUGCAAAUCUUCUCAAACUGUUACUGCAAGAGCAGGUUGGUUUUUGGGUCUUGGAGCAGAUAACAAGAAGGUGAACUUGCCUGACACUGUCAAAGCUGGUGACCCUGUUCUACAUGAGCCUGCCCAAGAAGUUGACCCUAAUGAGAUAAAUUCAGAGAGAGUGCAGAAGAUCAUUGAUGACAUGAUCAGGGUCAUGAGGAAAGCUCCUGGGGUUGGUCUAGCUGCUCCCCAGAUUGGAAUUCCUUUCAGGAUAAUUGUUUUGGAAGAUACCAAAGAAUAUAUUAGUUAUGCCCCAAAGGAAGAGACCCAAGCUCAAGAUAGACGACCUUUUGAUCUUUUGGUGAUCCUGAAUCCCAAGCUAGAGAAGAAGAGCAACAGGACUGCACUUUUUUUUGAAGGUUGCUUGAGUGUUGAUGGAUUUAGAGCGGCGGUGGAGCGAUACCUUGACGUUGAGGUUACAGGUUUGGAUCGUUAUGGUGUGCCAAUCAAAAUAACUGCUUCGGGUUGGCAGGCACGGAUUUUACAACAUGAGUGUGAUCACUUGGAUGGAACUCUGUAUGUUGAUAAGAUGGUACCUAGAACUUUCAGAACUGUAGACAACCUGGACUUGCCUCUUGCCCAGGGGUGCCCCAAACUUGGCCCUCGCUAACCCAAGUUUUGGGGCUGCAGCUGCCUCUGAUAAGGCCAACAACACAGGUUUCUUAUGCUUGAUCUCCCUCAAUUUUCAAUACCAGCAUUUUGCCAAGAAUUGUCGUUCCAUUAUACUAUUUUUUCUGAUUAAUCUACUUCACUUUAAGUGUCAAUAUUAUAGCUUAUACUAGAAAAAAUUUCAUAAAGCUAAUAUUGCCACUUUGUUGAGGAUAACCAACCUGUUCUAAUUAAGCCAUCCUUGAUCCCCAAUACCCUUUGUUACUCCAUUUUC